CCCCCCAAAAAAAAAAGAAAAAAAAGAAAAGGGGAGCCCCUCUGGGGGACACACCCCACCUGCUCUGGUGCUCGCUGCGGUUGGGGUGAUGGGUCUGCCCCCCCCUUCAUCCUUUCUCCCUUUACCUGCCGCUGCCCCACCCGUCCCGGCGCUUCCCCGGCGGGGGGUGUUGGCCCGUCCGCGGCGGGGGCAGCGGGGCGUGGGGGCUGUGGGUGGCGGUGAAGGCGGCGUGUGACAGAUGUCCUCCUCUGACAGCUCUCGGUAUCAGCCCAGUGGCUCCCUGCCAUUGGCUCAGUGCAGCCGACCGGCAAGGCUGCUCGCUAUAAUAACACUAUGCCUGCCAGAGGCGGCAGCUCAGACGGCUCCGCCGCGGCCGUGCCGCCGCUCCUCCCCCGGCAGCCAGCGCCGCGCCGAGCCUGAGGGGCUGCAGCCCCCCCUUCCGCAGCCGGCCGGCGGUGCCGCACAUGUCGCGGGGCCCCGCCAGCCCCGGCCCUCCCCGCCGAGCCCAGGCCGGCCUGAGCGCCCCGGCGGUGGUGGGGAGGCGGCCCUGGCCCCAUCCCCGGCCCCAUGGAGUGCUACUACAUUGUCAUCAGCUCCGCGCACCUCAGCAACGGGCACUUUCGCAACAUCAAGGGAGUUUUCCGAGGCCCCCUCAGCAAGAACGGGAACAAAACUCUGGAUUAUGCUGAAAAGAAAAACACGAUAGCGAAAGCUCUGGAAGACCUUAAAGCCAACUUCUACUGUGAACUCUGUGACAAGCAGUACUAUAAACACCAGGAGUUUGACAAUCACAUUAACUCUUACGAUCAUGCUCACAAACAGAGACUGAAAGAACUGAAACAGAGGGAAUUUGCUCGAAAUGUAGCAUCUAAGUCACGAAAAGAUGAAAGGAAACAGGAAAAAGCCCUUCAACGUUUGCACAAGCUAGCCGAGCUAAGGAAAGAGACAACGUGUGCUCCUGGAAGUGGCCCUAUGUUUAAAUCCACUACAGUGACUGUGCGAGAUCAUUGCAAUGAUAUCCCACAAAGCGCUGCCAUAGAUUCUGCCAACAAGCAGGAUUUCAGCUGCACGUUAGUGCAUGAUGCGCAGAAUUGUAAAGACGUAACUUCUGUCAUUUCCUCCACUGCUGGACAUGCAUGUAGUGAUAAAUCUGACGCUAACAAAUGUGGAGAUCAGGUUCAAGGAGCUCACGGGCAUCGAGUUGGGUUCUCUUUUGCUUUUCCUAAGAAAGCAGUAGUCAAACUGGAGUCUUCGGCUGCUGUUUUCUAUGAAUAUAAUGACGAAACCUCUAUGGAGCAUGGAUUUAGCAGAAGAAGUAGGUUUGUUCCAGGAGCAUGUAACCUUCAGUCUCCUUCAGCAGCAGAAAUAGUCCUGUGCCCUGAGGAGAAACAUAACUGUUUUGACCCACUGAUGGAAAAAUGCAUAGACACAGCAGAAGCUCCUGAAGCUCAGGAGUCAGAAGACCUGGGUGGUGAAGAAAAGGUGCUAGAGAGUCCUGUAUUAGCUCCUCCUGUGUCCCAUUCAAAGCAACUGGUGUCCUCGGACGUGGAGGGUUGUGGUAUUGAUGUAGGUGCCACAGACUUGCCGGACCAGACGCUGCCCGCGGUUCUGGGCAGUGCUCAGGUCCUGCCCCUGGCCUGCAGCAGUUAUGAGCUGCAGGCGAACGGGGAUCUUGUGCAGGAGGUUGUGGAGCAUUGUUUACCUCUGCAGGAUGUUGUGGAGGAAAAUGAUAAAGAUGGGAGGAGUGACUCAUGCACAACUGAACCUGAAAUAAAAAAGCCUGGGUCAGAUGCAUUUGUUCCAUCGCCAUCUGAAGAAGCUAACACCAGAGCCCCACAAAAUAAACCAGACAUGCGCAAGAGACCUUGUGAACCCUUUUUUCCUGUUCUUAGCAAACAUGGGUCAAAUAUUCUUCAGUGGCCAUCAGAAAUGUUAAUUUACACAAGUACAGACCCAUCAAUUUCUUAUAGCUGUAACCCUUUAUAUUUUGAUUUCAAGUCAUCAAGAAUGAGUGACAGCCAAGAGAAGCCCAAGAAUCAGCCAAACAUACCUCAUUUGCACCGUAAAACUGAAUCCAACCAUAGCAUAGUCUCAGAUUUUACAAGUAAACCUAGUUCAGAGUGUGGUGAUCAUGAAACAGAAAUGAAUAACAAUGUGUGCAACUAUACAAUACCCCUUAUAAGCGAUGUUUCCCUCAUCAGAAAUUGUGAUCUUGCAAAAAAUCAAAAUGAAGUGUCCUUGGAUAAGUCAUUCAGGAUUAGAAAAAUAGAGAAGUAUCACAUAUCUAAAAAUCACUUAGAACAAAACACUGUGACAGAUGAGAGAUAUAACAAAGUCUGGAUCAAAGAAAACCAUGAAAAAUGGCUUCACAAAAGUAGAAAACGGAAAAGAAGAAGAAAAUUAUGUCAUUGUCAUCAUCAUCACUGUGGCAACACAACAGUGGCAGAAAUUGAGAUGUCCUCAGUGACUGAAGAAGAAAUCAGUUACAGAGACGAAAAUAAAUAUCAGCACCUCCAGAAUAACCUGGAGAGGUGCAGACAUGAUGUGGGGAAUAUCUGGCUAGCUACAGAUGAGAUACAGCAGUCAUAUAAAAAACUCGGCAUCGAAAAUGGUCAGAAGAGAGUCAUGUCUGCAUCAGACCAUGUACAUGGGGACAGAGGCUGGUGUGACAUUUGGAGUGCAAAAAAUAGCAGCCAACACCAUGGUUGUAAGCAAUCACACAGAAAGAGCAAAGCCAGCUCUCGGAGACAGUCCCAGCAGCUGGCUCUGACCUCCAGGAGGCCCCUCUUAAGGUGCCCUAAAAUGUCUUGUAGCUGGAAAGUCAGGAGGUCAAGCUGUAGCCCUGAGCAUAAAUGUUUAGGACACUGCAGUGAGAAGAAGAGUCUGAGUCAAAACCAGUCCAUAAAGAGAGGUUACAACGUUCUGACAGAGGAACAUGAAAAAUCCCACCGCAAGCGGAGACAGCAUACCUAUUCCUCUUCAUCGGAUGAAAGCUCGUAUGGACAGACAGCAGCAGAGGAGUAUCUAAGGCAAGUGCAUACUUUACAUGCACAUCACAAGUCAAGAGGGAAACGCAGGAGAAGGAAAACUAGAAUCCAUCAUGUGUUGCUUGACAGGAAUGCAAGAAGUGAGACCAAACCUUCUGAAGAAAAUUCUACAAAUUCUAUAUUAAAUAUUUUGGGGGACUUCUUGACUCAAGAAAGCCUAGAGGAAACUAGAGUGGAUCCUAAAGCUGAUCGUGCAAAAGGUAUGGAUGAAACAAUGCAGCAGGAGGAGAGCAAGGCACCUCUGGAAACUGAUAGUUCGAACAUGGUGGAAAAUGGCAAACUGAUGGCAUGCAAAGCAUUGGAAAGCUCUCUGAGCACAUUUUCCGAUGUCAUCACAGGUUCUUCUGCUUCUGUUCCUGAGCACGGUGCUCCGGCACCUGCCAGCACACAGGACGUUCUGCAAGAUGAAAAGAAAAAAGAAAAUGUCAACGGUCUUGAAAACCAAGCUCAUUACAAAGUUCCUCUCCCUAACAGACAUUUGGAACAAGCUCCCCCUAAAUCUUAUCUUUGCCAUUAUGAAUUGGCCGAGUCUCUACCACAUGAGAAAAUCAAUGAGGUGACCAGUGAAUGGGUACAGUGUAAUCCUGCCAUAUUCAGAAGCCCACCACCCUUGCCAUUCAAAGAAGCACAUGUAAACAGUCAUACCUUUUUAACUACGGAGCAGUUAAUAGCCCCCUUCACCCUACCCGAUCAGGCAUUGAUAUUUCCUCCAGACAACCACGAAAAAUUCAAGGAUCUCCCAUCCGAGGCAUAUCAGCAGAUCAUACCACAAAACAUGCUGGCCAACAAAGUGAAGUUCACCUUCCCUCCCCUGGCGAUCCAGCCCCCGAAUUCCCCGCUGCAGCCCUUACCCUUGCAGCCGCCACUGUGUUCUACCUCUGUCACCACCAUCCACCACACCAUCCUUCAGCAGAACGCCGCCACCGCCAGUACGUUGAAGGUUCUCCAGCCACACCAGCAGUUCCUCUCGCAGGUCCCAGCUCUUUCCAGAGCACCUUUACCUCAUCUACCAGUAGGACCAAGGCUUUGCCCAGCAGGCCACGUGGCUUUCGUCGCCCCACCACAUUUGCCACUGCUGCCGCCCUCUGUCCUGCACCCGACCCAGCUGGCGUUUCCCCCGCUGCCACACACCGUCUUCCCAUCCUUGCUGUCCCCCCACCCAGCUGUCAUCCCCCUGCAGCCCCUCUUUUAGGACGGGUUCUCGGGGAUGGGAGAAGGAGCCUUCAGCUAACUGGUCCUGCUGUUUCUACAGUCCCCUCAGCUUUGCAAAGCGGUUCUGUGAGAUAAACUGGUUAAAAUUCCUUGUUUCUUGGGAAGCAUUUACUGUAAGUAUAAUGAUGCAAACAUUCAUGUAAAGUCCAGACCUAUACCAUAACUAAAGCACUGAAUAGCCUGAUACUAAUAUGAACUCUCUAUAUAAGUGAAAAUAAUGUCUUAGAAUAUGUAUAAUGUAUAUAAAAUAUAUUUAUAGUUCUAUAACUUAUGUUGUAAAGUAUUCACUUUUUUGUUUUUUAUCUUUGUGUAUUUGCACCUAUUUAAUGUUUAGACAAAGCCGAUGCACUAUGUUUUGUACUAUGUUAUCUGAAACUGUAAAUCUAGUGACAAACUAUCUCUUGCAAUAAAUUUUUGUUAACUACUUAAGUAUAUCAAAAAUCUUUCAUUCUAAGCCUCAUGGAUGUUGUUCUUCCCUGUUCUUCUGCAGCUGAAUAGCAUCCCUAACCCCUGCUAUGUUGGGAUAAUCAGGUUUCCUACACGUCAGUGAUUUAUCAGGGAGGCUGAGAGGCUAAUACCUCGAGGGCAGCUGUCACACUGAGCAAGAGAGAAAGGGUAACAGAUCUGUUUCUGUUAGCGCUUUGAUGUCAUUGUGACAAAUUUUACCUGCUUAAGAGUAUGUGCGCAAACUGCUGACUUUUGGAGCUAAUCCCUUCUAUACUAAACCACAAGAAGACAAUGUAACAAAAAUAACAUCAGCGAUUGGGGCGAAGGGAGGGCGGGAAAGGAAGAUAUCAACAGCAGUUUGACUUGAAGGAGGUAUUGGUUGUAGUGAAUAGGUGGGGGACAGGUCUGACGAGGUGAAGGACCUCGCUGCCUGUGCAAUACAUGACGAAAGCAAGAGCACAUAGACAUGGAGGGGAGGUCAGAAACAGCUUCACGUGGGGAACCCACCAGGGUUUUAUUCAAAUUCUUACCUCACUUCACCCCCUGCUUUCCUGGAGCAUUUUGGUAAAUAAAUAGAAUAACAUAGGAUAGAAAUUUAAAUAAUGCUAAUAUAUUGCCACUAUUUCUAAUUGUAUUUCAGAGAAUUCUCCCUACCUCUGCAACGUUUUUCUUGCUGUCGAACCUCACCCAGCUUCAGCCCGGGAAAUCUUCCCGUUUGCUGUAGUAUAUGAGACAGAUCACGCCCACGCCUGUGAUGGUCUGGAAUAAAUCCAGAAGUGGUUCAGAGACAGAGCCAUCUCUUUGAGUUAAAAUGAUAUGUAAUCAUGUGAGUGAAGCUAAGGAUUUGCAGCAUGACUGUUAGUGCUAGAGGUAGGCCCUCCAUAAUUAAAGGUAGGUGUUAGCUCUCCAAUUGAUUACUUCUUUCCAUAUUUUUAUAUAGUAUAAUAAACAUAUACAGUUGAACUGAAAGAAUAGUAAUUUUGGAAUAUUAUUAAUAUACAUUGCAUAUUAAUAGUUAAAGACAUUAUCCAUUUGAGGACUAAUACUAUAUCUUAAAACAUAUAUAUCUGGGUGUUAUUUUCUGCAUCUAUAGCAUUAGAACUUACCUAUAUCAAUAUUGCAAGUUUUACUAUAAUAUUACAUUAAAACUAUAGCAAAGAGCAUCUUGCCAUUAUGAUUACAGUGUCAGCUGCUCGAGGGAUGUGAGUUUUCCGUGUCAUGCAGUUACGAAGGGCUAAACUACAUUAAUAAGCAAAAAGUCAAUAAGAAGGAGCAGAUGAGCAGUCAGCGUCUGGAGAGCCCUUGCCUGAGGCUGUGGCACAGAGUGGGAUGUUGCUGAGCAUCUGUCCCUCUAAUGCCGUAAAUAAGGCAUUUUUUCUCUAGUUGUUAUUUCAGGUAAAUGCCCGUUUCAGUUUAUCUGGUACCUGAAAAAUACAGCAUAUAAGUGACUUUAUACUCCUUUAUUUCAAGAGUGUAAUCUGUAUGUCUCCACUACCUCCUGUAAUACGCAGGUGCCAAGCAAGCUCUAAGCGUGGAAAUCUCUAUUUGAAGGUGCAAGGUGGGUGGUAGCUCCUUCAUCUCCCAUCUCAGCUGACUUGCGCUGGCUUUGGUAUUUUUGUGCUAGUCAGUGUAGAUGGUCACCAGGGUUCUGAUGUCUUAUCAAAGGCAAAAUCCACCUGAUUAUAGAACAGUAUGCUUGAAAAAAUAAACCACGUAGAACAAUUAUGAUUGCAUGGGAUCAUAUCCAUAUAUUUUAAUCUGGCAGAAGAUUUAAAAUUGCCAAUCUCAGGUUUUCAAUUGCAACGUUCAUUGAAAAAUCCCAUCUAUUAACUUAGAAGUCAACAUUUUUCAAAAACAUGUCCAAACAGCUUUGCACAUUACCUUUUUUCUUACAAUUUAAAUUAGUUUUUUUCUAUUUUAAGUUGUUAAACAGUUUUAAGACAUUGCACAAUUUUUUCUUAUCUACUGUAAUUGCUUUUUGAUAGUGUAUAAACUACUUAAAAUACUGAUAGCCAUCACAUGUAAUAAUUUUCUAAUACAUUGCCUUUAGUGCUAGAACUGUUUGUAUGUGUGACUUCAUAUGUAAAAGCAAAACCAAUAUAAAAAUAAAUCACAAGUUAGUUUUAAAUUGAACACGCUAAAUUAAAUGACCGAAUAAACUACUCUUUUGAGUUUCUGCUUUAUUCUUAAAUAUGUAACUUUGAAUAAGCUGUGUAAGGGUAAUUCUUCUUUUUUUAUCUUUUAUCUGGUAUUUUAGAUUAAAUGUGUAUUUUUAUUCAUUAACUUGGUAGUCUAUAAAUAAAAAUUAUUGAAAAUGCUAAGUAAUAAAUUUUUGUCAUUCUAGGUAAAUUCCACCAUAUUUUUAAAAUUAAUAAAUUUACUUUUGAAAUUUCAAAUAUACACAUAUCUAGUGUGCCUGUGUUCCUGGCCGGUUUGCCAAUUUUUAUAAUUAUUGGGCUGUCUUCCCAGUCUAAACAGUAGAAGUGAUAAACCUCAAUUGCAAGAGUUUAAUCUUUAGACCUAAACCUAAAUGAGGUUAUAGAUUUUAUGAAGUGAUUUCUAAGAACAGCUGCACAGAGAAAUGCUUGAAGUUAAUCUGUUCCGCUGAGAUGAGAAGAGUAUCUUUUUUUUUGGUCCUUGGAAAGCUGCACCCUGUCCAGACUAUGAUUCUUGAAGAAGUACCAUUUCUCAGGUAAUGUGAACUAUAGAGGAGCUUUCGGGCAUUAAGGAACAUAAUUAUCUCUCAUUGUUAUGGGCAGUUUGGAGUAAUCAGACUCUCUUAUCUUGUCUGUAAGUAUGUAGGAGUUUUUUACUGCUACUAAUACAAGCAAAAAAUCAAAUUGUUUAUUUGGUUUCCUUCACAAACUAGAAGCUAUGCAAGCUGGGGAGAAAACACCAGAUUUCCAGUUCUACAAGAGUGAGCGAUGGGUAGAAACACUGGUAAAAGAAGCAGCUUUUAUGGAAUAUUAUUAAGUCAGAAUGUUUCUACCAUUUGGUGUAAUGAAACAACAAUGAAAUCAUUGUGAAGAAAAGACAUCUUUACUUGCAGUUUUAACUUUUUAUUAGUUAAUAAACUUUUACUCUCUUAAAAACUCACUUGGAUAUGGUAUUCACACUAAGCUUUUGAAGACUUCUGGGACAUCCAUUUAUCUUUAAUAUAUUACUGUACAUUAUAAUAUACUUAUGCAAUAUACAACAUGGCUAUAACUUUUCUGUCGAGUUAAUUUUCUAUAGUUGUGUAUUUUUCUCAAAAUACAUUUUUUGGAUUAUGACAAUAUUUACUUUAUAUGCUGCCUUUAAAAUACAGCUUUCAGUUUAUUUGGCCAGACUCCUAAUUGGUGUAAAUCAAUGUACAACUUCUGACUUUGGUGGAAUUUCAUUUAUUUGUACCAGCCAAAAAUUGCUCCUGUUGCAUUGUUAAGGUUUUUGUUAACUUUCCCAGAUUAAGGCAAUAUAUUCUGACCAUGUGAAUGUAUUUCGAAGACAGUUAUUUGUUUGUAACUAAGGUGGUAAAUUUUUAUUUACUGAGUAUUUUACUGUGGUGCUCAUAGUCUACACAUUCAAAAGUCCAUACAUUCAUUGUCUGAUAUCCAUUACUGUACAUGGCCUAAAGACUUGUAUAUAUAUAGCAGUACAAAUAUUUAUGCAAUAUGUCUACUUGUAAAAUUUUACAAAGCUAUAUUAACUCUAUCAGAAGUAAAGAUGUUUUUACUGUAUAAAGAUAAUUUGAUAUUUUUAAAUUAAUAUGGCUUACUAUCUAAAUGGGUGUGUUAUUUUAUAGAUCACUUAGAUUUAAAGUUUGCAACAGGCAUGGUUUUGUAUGUUAUUUUACAUCUUUUCUUCUCCCCUUUACUUCAGGAACACUAUGAAGUUUUCUCUUUUUCUGUUUGUAAGAUUAUCAGAGUUUAUCAAAAUUUAUAUAUUUAUGAAUACCAUCAGGCUUUUUUAUUACUUUUAGCUGAAAAAAUAGUGUAUCAACUUCAAGAAUUAUAAGACAUCUUAUUUUGCUUGAAGUUUCUGUUUUAUUUUAUGGAUUUUAUGAAAAGUUGGGAGAAUUUCUACCUUGAGUCAGAAAUUUGACCUGGUGGUGAAAUUUUGAAACCAAUGAAGUCUGAGGAAGCUUUGCUAUUAAUACUAUUGAGGAUUUAUUUUGACCCGGGGCAUUAGGGCUCUUUAUUUAUUAAAACUUUCUAAUACUUGCUGUUUUCAGUUGAAUCAUAAUUUCAUAAGGUACAAUAAGGAGCACAAUCCAGUAAAGUUAAUCCAUUUUAAAUCAGCCUUUUACCUCUUUUGUUGUGAGGAUAUUUGUGUAAUUAAGGACUGUAAAGGUAUAUCUUUAAAAUUUUUGUUAUAUAUCAUCAGUGUUUUGAAACAAACACAUACAUGCACCUUCUAUUCUUAUACCAAAGAAAAAAAGUUAAUUAAAACAUUGAGUUUUCUACCUGUACAGGUUCAUUUAGAAGUUUUAGUAAGUAGGACUACAUACAUUACAAUAUUUAGGUAAAGUAAUGUAUCUGUGAUCUUUAUUUUUGCUGGGAUAAGGUGGAAAUGUGCAAAUACAUCUAGAGAAAAAAACAUUAUAAUUAAGUAAACUUCAAAUGUGAAUCUAUGAUGGCUAUAGUAUUGUUUAUGUGAAUUAAAGAAGGCUACUGUUAAAUCAGCAGUGGUGUUUGUUUGCAAUGAAUAUGACUUUUAAAGAUAAAUUAUUUUAUUUAUUUUUUUCCUGAAGAAAAACAGCAAACAGGAAAGUACUUUUGAAAAUGGAUUUUUUUUUUUUUUAAUGAACUGUGGAUAGUACCUGUGUACCUUUCUCAAGGAUGAGAAACAGCAACAUCACCGGGUGACCCACCACUGGGCAAGAGGAACAUGGAGGAGGAUUAACCACGUUCUUCCCAGCAAAGAAAUGGAUAAUAACGGAAGACUCAAUAGUGACUGAAAUAUUGUUUUGCAAACCCCGGCAAGUGAAGUGUCCCUCAGCUCACUCAGCUGGGUAGUUCUGUGUCCUACUGAUGUUCUCCCAGUGAGUGCUCGUCUGCAACAGGUUGCUUCUGGUCAUCAGAAACAAACAUAUCAAGGUACCAGGAUUACGUGAUGCAUUUUUCUCUGCAACAUCCCCUGGACAUUCUGUGAUGAAAUCUUCAACUAGAUGGGCUCUGAUUUUAUGCUGCAAGCCUUGUGUCACGGUUAUCAAAACCUCAGGUCAUGUGCUCCUAUUACACAUAUCAGCAUCAUCUUUGAAAAACCAGUGUAUCAAUGCUAUUGUGACCUGGUUGAGAAUGAAGAAUCUUCCUGAUCUAAGUUGCACCUAUAUAAGCCCAGGAGACGAGAUGGGGUGCAUCUGAAGGUGAUGCAGGACAGAAACAUCACAGCAAAGCUGCUCUCCGGUGUUGGAAAGGUUGUGGCAACUGCAGGUGCUUCACAAAGACUAAAAAACCCAAAUAUAACAUCUGCCUUCAAAAAAGGAAGGAAGGAGGAUCUGGAGAACUACCAGCCAGUUAGCCUCACCUCAGUCCCUCUGAAAGACUUAUUGUUUGGAUUUUCUGGACUGACUUUGGGUCUGGCUUGUAACCCUGCCUUUGCUGAGGAUCACCGGACUUUUGAUGGGUCUUGUUGUUGUCGUCAUCACCAUGCUGCUCACCUGGAUUAGGAGCUCCAACUGUGAGAUGAUGGGCUGCUGUUGUUCCAGACAUCCCUCAAAUGUUCAGUGGGACGAUGAGACAAACACCUGUUUGUUUUCACAGUCUGUAUAAUCGCUACUGCUUUUGCAGCUGGUGCACUACAUAAUUCUUUGAGGUAUGUGCUAAAUAGUCACAAAUGACUUGGAGGAAAUUCUGGAAAAAAAUACAGAGAAUAAAACUUCCAGCAGUUUCUGCUCCCAUCAGAUUUUAAACCUGGUUGAGCAAGAGAGAGCACAGGGAGGGGAGCGGGAAAAGGGAGGAUUUAAAGAUUGCAAAUGUUUCUGGGCUGCUAACAUGACAUUUUUCAGCUACAAAUAAGUCUUCUGUAAUAUAGAAAUGAUGCAGAAAAUAAGCGUUGCCACUUUACUGUUUCUGGCAGGAGUUGGUGUUUCAUCAUUUGGACGUAUCAGGUACUUUCUUUGUGACUAUGGUAUACUUUAAAAUGACAAUGUUUCAAAUGAUGACAAAAUGACAAAGUACUGAUCUGUGGUGGAAAUCUAGCAUGGCAAGAGAGAUUCAGACAGGCAAUAUUGUCUUGAAAGGGAGCUGGAAGAGCACUUGGCUUUCAGUCUAUCUGUUUACUGUGCUUUAUCUUUGCUGAUUCACUACAAGGGAACUAGGAGCUGUGAAUGCUGCCUUGAAAUGUCUCUAAUUUGUGUGGAGGGUAGUGCCUUUGUGGUGUUCUCUCUUCCAGCAUUUGGAGGACUUAUUUAUACAACAUUGUUCAUCAUUCUGGAAAUAGAGCUAAAGUCAAACCUAGCACAUUUGCUGUCAUUGGAAUAUUUAUGUCCAUCCAAAUAGUAAGGAAAAAAGUUCUGCAGUUAAAACUCACUUGGUACAUUUAAAUGGCCACGAUUCCUUUUGUGACUCUCUAAUAGCAGAGGCUAUCACUUGCCUUUCAAAGAUAGGUGUUCUGCCAGUCUUUACCAAUCCAGGACAUCCCUUGAUGUGCACAGUAGUUGCCAUGGGACAGAACCACAGUAUGUGCUGGACAGCACCGACAACUACUGGUAGGGAAGAGCCCCAUGGAUGGGACUGUACUGCUGCCAUUCCUGUGACAGCAAGCCAGGGUGACAUCUCCACACAGCUCCGUAAUCCCAUAUGAAUUUUCUCCUGAGGGACUGAGUGGGAUUUUGGAGGAUGGGAGUGAAGACGUUGUGUGGUCACAAAAAAGGAUUUGUAUUCUGUAGAAAAAUAGUGUGUGUUAUUAAAGUACUGGUUAAAUAAAGUCUGACUAAAAUACCUUCUGUUCAGUAAGGCCUAAAGUGAAAUGAGACUCCUGAAGUGUACAAACACAUACCAGAAAAGUUGUAGUGAAUUAUAUUACUAUUUAAGAAGCUGGAGUUAUUUCUAAAUGUAAUAUGUCUGUUUCAACUGAAAUUAAUCUAGACAGGCAUAUUGUGAUACUUUUUUUUUUUUUUUUCCUGAAUUUACUUUGACGGCUGUUCUCAUGAGAGGCUCCAAAAGUGGGACUGAUUUACAGCAAGGAUGAUGCUCGCAAUCAUCUUGUUCCCCAUCUUGCCAACAGGUUUGAACUGUUCAGAGGCCACAACUGAUUGUAAAAUGCCAUAAAUGGAACGAGAUCUUGAAUGAAGCUACACAGUGUCCUUCAGGUAAAGAACUGUUUCUUCAGGUAUGACUGCUGUAAUGGCAGUUUUAGAGUGCUAUGCUAACUACUGUGCAUGGUGUAUUUUUGGUGAGCAAAUUAUAUGGUGCUUCAGAAACUAUUUCUCUGCCCAGGGGCUGCUCUAUGGCUGUGUUCAGUUCGAACUUCUCUCAUUAUUUUUGUGAUUAAAUUAUGUUUCUAAACAAACAAACAAUUUUGGACCCCAGAUCUAAAGCUCGUACAUAUCUGUUUGAAACAAAGCAUUGAAAGAACCUCCCUCCGUGCUGUAGGAGACUCAGAUUUUCCAAGUAAUAUGUCAAAGUCUGUUUCCAAAGUCAGGGUGGUAUGACUGGUUAGCGAUGUACUUUUGAGAUUUGAAGUCUGAUUUCUUACUUCUACCUUCCAGGCUUUGGUUUUAAUCUUCUGUGGAGAUGGGCUGAACAGAAUAGCUGAUCUGUAAUUGGGAGAGAUUGCCACAAUCACCUCUGUGAGAGUUACUCCUGUUCUUGGCAUUAUUGUAGUUAUCAUUUUCAGCUAUAGUGCUUUUGUAAGACAAAAAUAACCACGUUCCACUUACCCUUUCAGUAUUAUUGAACUAUUUCAGUGUUGACAAUUUUUUUUUUUUUUUCCCCUGUUGAUCCUGGGAUUUGAUACAGUACAACAGAAGUUAUACACAGGAGUUGGCAGCCUAUUCAGAUCUUGUUACAUUGUCUGCUUUUUAUGCCACAGUUUUCUUAUACCUCUGACUGCUCCUGGAGAGGUGACCCUUCCUGUCCGCUUAUUUCCUAAUUCUUAUGAACUGGGGAGGCAAACUGGUGUGAUCAGACUUCAUGUGACUGUUAAAUAGAAGUUGUGCUAAGUAACAGACUAGCACUCUAGAAAUUUGAUUUCAGAUUUUAUCUUUAGCAAAUAUUUCUAGUGUGAUCACACUUACUCCAUUGAUCAGUCUGUGUGUGAUCUGCAUCCUACCAAGUUUAAUAAAUACAUUUCUUUGUAUUCCAGUGAACUUAGGUUCCUCAUCCACUAAGUGUAGCCAUUGCUUUCUUGUUUCUCAUGUUUCUCUGUAAAGCGGACAAAGCACAAUGUACAUGUAGGCGCCCAGGAAAAAUGCAUGGCUCUGGUGGCAUAAGAGUAUUGCUACUAAUGAUGAAAGAAAACAGCCUUUACAAGGUUAUCCAAAAAUUCAGAAAGCAUUUGUGAUGCUCUGAGAAUUGAUACAAAAUCUGAUCAGUCUUGGAGAAUAAAUCACCACAGAAACAUGGAGUACAAGAUCUCUUACCAAAAUUCCCCAUGGAACUGGUUUUCUGGAAGCAGACUUUAGUAUUAGUAACAGGACCAGCAUACUGGAAGGAAGCUUGUUAUAAUACAUGCACCUGAAAAAUAGCAGGGACAGCAGAAAGAGCAAUUAUUUCAUUGGAGCUUACAGAGAAGGACUAAAGUAUCUUCUUUCAGCACGGCAGAAGCUUGGAUCGCUCUUCAGAUGUGCGAGCAUAUGAACCUCAUUUAGAAACUCUCCCUUUUCGUCUUUGAUCCAUGGCAAUAAAGAGGCAGCACUCCUUUGCGAACUUUAAUGCAGUCCUUUGGACAAUGAACUCUCCGUGCAGAGGAGGCACCGGGCACUGAAGCAAGGUGAGCUCCACAUUGACAGCUUCUUGGCGAUUAUGAAAUGGCAAGUGAAGGUACCGUGUCCUGUUCACUGCAGCCGAGCCUUUAUUAUCAUGGGUAUAAAGCAUAGAGGGUAUGGCGGAUGCACUCGACCCCCCCCAGCCAAACCAGCAGCGGUUUGGUCCAGGCUCCAGAGGAGGGAAGGGCCUGAGCCACAGCCAGGCCAAGAGCUCCUUCCAGGAGACCCACAGGUAAGCAGAAUGGACACUGAACACCAGUAACUUGUGGGCGCAGGGAGUCUCGUGCAUACUCUUCCUACUGUAUGCAAUUGAGUACAAGUCAACCACUUUAUUCUAUAAAUACAACAGCCUGGAUGAGCCCGCUUUGAGUCUACGAUUUCCUAUGCUUGGGCUGAGCCUCUGCACAGGUACUCAGCUUGAGCCAGACCUCCUGCUACUCUACUCCAUUAAAAUUUCAUUUUUUUUUCCGAGAACUUUGCUUCCUGAGACUAUGCUCUGCAUACGGUUAUCAGGUCUCUCCUGAAAGUUUGCCGCUGGAGCUUUAAACAUAGACAACAGAGCAAACGGCUGUCAGGGAGGGAAGACACCUGAAAGUUUGCUUUGUGAAUUGGUACAGGCUCCUGGAGAGAAGCUCACACACUAAUCUCCCCAGAAAUACCUCUGCAAUCAGCGCAGAGCCGAAGGCUUUAGGAUCUGAAAUCCUUUUCGCGGUGUCUGACCAGCUGACAAGUGUCCAGAGAGGUCACGUUUCCAACUCGGAGCUUCUCUGCCUUGCAAACAGAGCUGUAAACUAAAAAAACCUUAACCAAGUGGAAUUCCUGCCAUACAGUGUCUUCCAACUCCAACUUGAGCUGCCCCCAAGGCUGUUUAGAAUGAAAAGGUCUCCAAGUGCUUUUACAGGAAACUGGUUUUCUGGCAGACUGACAGAGCUGGGAAACACCAGUGAGGGAGCAAAGAUGAUGGCACCAGAGGCGAUGGAAAAGGCACCACAGCAUGUCAGCUGCAUGACCUGGAAGCUGAGAUUAUGAAACCAGUGAAGGAAACCAGAGUGGGCACUCAAGAAAGCUGGCAGUGAGGCAUGAUCAUCCUCUAAAUUAUUGUGUGAAUCUACCUCAGUGAUACUGUUAAACACCGUUGACCUGCACUGAAUAAUUUCACGUCUCCAGAAUUAAGUGCAUACACAGAAGAAAACACAAGAGGGAAAAAUGAACACAAGCUGAAAUGCUCAGAGAAGUGGACAAAACUGAAGGGAAAAAAGAAGGGAAAAAAGCCUCACCUGAACAUUACAGCAUGGAAUGAAAUGUAGAAGAAGUAGAAGAAUGGCAAGGUUUUUUCCUUGAUACUGAUGUUUCUGACAGUCCUUAACGUGAUUUCCUACAUCAAUGGGAACCACUAACAAGAGUAACUAUUUCCAAAGUUUGUUUUGCAGUUUUCAUUGCUGAGGUUCCUUACCUAUUCUUUUCAGUUCUGCUCAAGAGGCAGAUAAUGUACAGGGUAUGCAGGAAAAUGGCUCUUCGCUUCUUGUUGUGGGCUUCCCAUCUGGUACAGGACGUUUGCAGAUACAAUCAGAGAGAGUUUUCUAGGGAAGGAAAAAAAAAUAGUUUGGUCAAAUUUCUAUUAGGAAGGGUUCAGCAUGUUAUUACAAUCGUCUAGAAAAGCUCAGAGCAUCACUCCUAGCCUUACACAGAGGUAUCUUGGAGAUCGAGGUCCCUUUUAUCCCCAUAUCCAUUGAGCUACUGGCAAUUUUGAAUUAAUGUCACAAUGGAAUUGCCAAAGGGUUUUUGCAUUCUUAAAUAUUGUACCCUUCAGUGCUUCCAUUAUCAACAUCUCCAGCAAAGAGAGACGAGAACUAUAGGUGGUCUUGCAAAGUAUUUUCAGAGUAAGACAACAGUGACAUGUAUUUCAGACUUACUUAUUGAUAGAUUUGAGAAUGAAAAAGUAUUAGAGAGGCAGAAGACUGCAAUAAGGUGAUAAUCCAUUUAUUUGAACUGAGUACGCAACUGGCCUGUGGAAAGUUUAUCUGAGUUCUGAGUGUGUUUAGAAUUAAAGGAAAUCUGACCUAGACACUUACAGUAUUCCUAUGAUUACUAUCAUCAGCAAAAAGAAGCUGAAAAAUAAAAAUUACCCAAAGAUUAGAGGAUUAACACAGCAUUUACUAAACACCAUAAGAACAGGAGCCUAGCAAUGCCUACUCAUUCUCAACCAGUGUCGAAUCAAACCCUCCAUCUGAAGCGAUCUGAUGCUCAGCAUUCACAUCUGUGGUAAUUUCUACAUCUGGUGUCCCUGGUGCUUUUUAACCAACUUUCAAUUUUUCAGGAAGUGACAGGUAUAGGCAGAUAACAGAACGAGAAAACCCAGUAACUUUCUACCAACAGCUGCCAAUUUUUUCAAAACUAAAAAUAACAGCAGGACCCACUGCAGAAAGCAAGAAUGCAGGGCAGCAGAGAUUCCCCACCUCUCCCCCCUUAACACCCUCUAUUAUCAGAGCAGACUGGCGAGAUAAAAGACUGCGUAGCAUAUGUCAUUUGAGAGCCCCUUGUAUAAAAGAAACAACAUAAUUGCUCAGGUUGCUUUUGCACUGAAGAGCACCUACUAGCUUUCCAUACAUUUUAGGCUAGACCUGAUGAAUAAAAAGGUUUCCAGUCAGUCCUCAAGAUGUUACUGUGGAGUUGUACAUCCCCCUGAGAUCUGGAGCCUUCAACAGGGCAGUUGAUGGCUCUUUUAGAACCUUUUGUGCCCCACUGUACCUGUCACCUGUCCCAACAUAUGUAUCUAGGGUGGGCCAAAGUGCUGACAGUCACAUCCUCCCCCACCCCAGGGCAGGGUGACUUCACCUACCUACGGCUGCGGGGCAUGAGGAGUGGGACCCUUGGUCAGUUGACAGGGUCCUCAACAAAGGAGGUGCCCAGAGAAGCUGAGAAGCUUCUGGACAAUGUUGUAAUGCCCACAGCCAGAUCUGUCCAGGCUGUAAAACAGGGUCCCCACCAAAGACCCCCUUGGAGUGGUCUGCUCAAAGCAUCAGGUCUGUGAACUGGAACCCUCCCCUUAGACUGGGAAAAUGUUUAAGGAGACUUUGCGGGACCGAAAGCACCUCACCUCCUCCUGUGGUGAGUGGUUUUUGCUGGAUAUAUCCUGGAGUGAGCCCUCACCUAACCCAGGCAAGUGAUUAUUUCUUCUGGGUACCCUUUAGUGAGAGGCCUCUGGUUUUGUUUAUUGUGAAUGCGUGCACAUUGUGGAUCCUUAUUAUUAUUAUGUUGUUGUUGUACCCCAAUAGUCUCCUCAAUCGAUAUCCGAAUCUGUAUUUUAUGUUGUCAGAGUGCUAAAUAAUUGCAUAAACCCUGUCUCUCAUCAGUUUAUUGGCUACACUUUUCUGGCUAGAAUAAAAUCUGUUUUGGAACUCA